AUGGUUGUCGAGAAGCGUACUAUUGGAGCUGUCAUCACCUCCUAUAAUGCUCAUUCCCCUUUGGAACGGGUUCAAUUUCUUCUUCUCUUCUACCUCUGUUAUUCAAAAUGGAUUACUACUGUCAGUUGGGGUUUUGAGGAAAAAUCACAACUUUUCGUUUACAUGCUAGUCAUUAGUCUUUGCUGCUCCGUGGCAAGUGAAAAAGGUGUCAGUUUUAUGGUGAAGCUUAAGGAGUCGGAGGUUAAUGAAACAUUUCUGGGAUACCUGCAGGAGACUGAGAUGCUCAGCAGUACAGCAGGAUAG